AUGGAUUGUACAUGUUACGAUUAUUCUGAAUUACGUUGUGUCACAUCGAAAUCAUUAUUACAUGGUUUAUCCCUGGUGAAAAAUUUAACAAAACAAAAUUUUAGAACGCUUGAUUUUAAAUUUGAUUCAAUCAAAUUCGACUUACAAGCCGACUACUUUUCAUCAUUGACUAACAUAAUCGAUAAUAGUGGCAACUCCUAUAUUAGCAUUACAUUUCGUUAUCAUAAUUUUGAAUUAUUUCACUCUCAUACUGCGGCAUUCCGUUCGUUAUUUGAUAACGUAAAACGUCAAAAUCGUAGUCGUACACGUUUAACAAUUGAAUUACAACCAGUUAAACCAAAAUCGAUUAUAUUCGAUUCAAAUUCAUUUGAAAAUUUACAUCUUGAUGAAUUGUCAAUCUAUGCUGACAGUAUAUCAUCACCAUUUGAAUCAGUAUUUAAUCAAACACAUAUUAUCCAUUUGAAUAUUGAAGGUGCCAUUGUUCAACAUGAUCCUGAAUUAGUAAAAACAUUUACUGGCAAAAUAAAAGCAUUCAAAAUAACACGUAUGAUUGAUACGAUGAACAGUGAUGAAUUUCCACCAUUUCCAGUUGAAUCGUAUAUUAUUGAGGCACAUAAAUUACGAAAACUGGAAGCAGCCACAUUUGAAAAUUAUACACAGUUAAAUGGUAUUAAUAUCAUUCAACCAGACGUCUCUAUUACACCACAAUUAUUAAUGGGUCUAGAAAAAAUAAUAAAGUUAAAUUCAAUGUCAUUUGAUGCUGAACGUAUUGCUGAUGGUGCAUUGAAGUAUGUCAAACAAAUUCAGACUGUGGCAUUCGGUCCAUAUCUAAAAAUGAUUGAUAUAGAUUCUCUACAAUCGUUAAAACUAUUACGACAGUUAGAUGUUAGAUAUGUUCAAUUUCCAACGUUACAAGGGAACUCAAGUUGUUUAUUAACCGAUUUUAUAAAUAAACGUCGUAUGGACGAUUUAACCGUCUAUUUACCACAAGAGAAUCCAGAUUGUGAUUGCUCUCUAAUAUUUUUAAAUAAUAUCAUUGACGAUGGUUCACAGUUAAAACAAUGUUUAGAAACCACAAAUGAUCGAUGCUUAUUUUCUAGUUGCCCAUUUAUCGCCGAUUAUUUUCAACGUCAACAACAAGAGCAACAACAAGAACAACAACGUCUACAACAAGAACAGCAACGUCUACAACAAGAACAGCAACGUCUACAACAAGAACAGCAACGUGCACAAAAUGAGCUUACAUCAACAAAACCAGAUACAAAACGAAUAAACGUACCAUAUGGCGAAGAGCUAGAUGAAGAACAUUCAGUACCACCAAACGUUGUUAAUACGUUUGAUACAUUGGUACCGGUUCUUGUUGACUUCGAGGCAUCACCACCACUGAAUGAUUUUAAAGAGCAAGUAAUAACCACAACCACCGAACCAAUAGCAACAACAACAACAACAGAAAUACUAGACGUCGAUCCUGAUAACGUUAACGAUAACGAUCAAAGCAAGGAAAUAACAACAAACACUUAUGCAAAAGUUACCACCACCGAUUCUGACUUUCUACAAUUUUUUUCACAGCAUCAAUUGAACGUCGUUUAG